UGAUGUCAGCUAUCGCAGCAUAGCAUCGGAAUGAUCCUCAUUCCAUUUGCUCUUCAAAACUUACUCUUCGUCUCCUGUCAGUAAACGACGGUACUCCCCGGACGUCGGCUGAUAUUCCUUCAGCGGUAGGCGAACAAUGUCGGACUUUAUUGCCCUUCCUAAAAGCGAGUGAAAGCGCUCACAUGACAUGUCGGGAUGCCAUUCAGUUAGCAGGUCGUUGCGAUACACAAGCUAGGAGGCUACAUUCGGCUACAUUCCACUACUCGCUUCAGGGAGUCAUGUCUCGCUUUGUGCUGGAGCAGCUGUCUGACUUUGGGGAUUAUGCCAGCAAAAGUGUGCUGUAUGAGAGUUUAAAUGCGACAAACGUUCGCCUGAGCCCUGACGGACGUCACUUUCAUGUCAUCCUCAGCCACCCGAAGCUCAGUCUUGUGACUCUGGACAAGUAUGAAAGAUCUCAGCUGGUCCAGAAUCCGAGGACACUGGACUUGUGUUCAACUAGAGGUGUGCCUAUUGUGGAUAUUAUAUAUUUGGAUAAUAAUGACAGCAACAACAAAAGGGACUUUGUGUCUGCUGCUGUAGUUUACAAGAAUGGAAGAACUGAGUUUUGGAAAUUCCAGGAGUGCAAAGGCGGCUGGAGUCUCCUGCAGACAUCCGACUUGUGCAACAGUCCCCGGGCCAGUGUGGUGUCUGUGUGCGCCUGCUCGAAUCUUAUCAUCUGGUGUGAGGAGCGGCCGCCCUCGGAAAGCUCCCCUGUGCUCAGCCCUGCCAGGAGUAAAUUGAGGUACUGUGUUUGCAGGCGGGACUAUGAGCUGAAGGAGGGUGCUGUCAUUUUGGGAGGGGUGAAAAUCGCCCUCCACAACAACCCUAAGUUCACCUUGAUCAGCUCAGGGGAAUAUGUGCGUCUCCUUCCUGCAUCUCCUCUGAUCAAAUUCUUCCUCUCCUGGUGCCCCCGCCGGGACUCCUUCAUGGUCAGCACCACAUGCAAAGCCACUCCUUUAAAAACGCUUGAUACGAAGGAGUCUGACUUUAGGAAGUUGAUCACAGACUGCUUAGGGUAUGUGUCAGCACUCGACCCACCUGAGAUCUGUGACGUCUCUCCUUCAGCUUGUGGAGGUUUGCUGCUGCUUCUCAACACAGGCUGGGUGUGUCUCCUGCAGAAAGAUGGGAUGCUACGCCAAAUACACAAGCUGGCAGAGAACUGCCCCCUUAAAUAUGUUGCACACACUAGCUUCUGCACAUUUGAGGAUACGUUGGUGCUUCUUGUGGGUCAAAAUCUGCAUCUGAUAGACAUGAAAUGUGGCAGAGAGCUGGAAACUGUAAUACUAAAGAGUGAGGGGGGUUUAUUUGUUAAACAGGCUGAUGGAUCACCUUACCUGUUCUCAGAAACUGGACUUCAUAAAGUGGUGCAACAAGAAAUGGACAAUAGAGACCUAAAUAUGAAGUCCACAAUGGAGAACAUCUGCCCUGGAGCCCUCCUGGCAGAAGCAGUGUUUGAGGAGGCCUGUAAAUACUACCAGCAGAGGAGCUUGAGUAGCACUCGGCUCACAGUGGAUGCUCUAAAGAAAGGAGGCAGGUUCCAGGCUCCCAUCUCUUUAGCAUCCAUUCUCAGGGACUACCUCAGUUCGGGACCCAAGCAAAAAAUAUCAGAACUAAUUCAGAAUGGAGGAUGCACAGUGGGACAAGACAAGCUAAAAGUCUCCCUGGAGCCUGAACUGAGGGCCUUGCUCGCUGUGGAGGAGCUAAAGGGGAGUUUGGUGAGGGGGAGUGUGAAAGAAGUGGAGGUUCUUUGUGAGAGUCUGAUGGAGAAAGAAAUAGCCCGGCUGCUAUCGACCUGCGAGCUGGAUCACAACGACCUGCUCUACCUCAACUCAAUCUUCAGCAUUUUCCCAUGCCAGGCAUGGAGGGCGGCCCAAGCUGCUCUCCAGUUACACUACAACGGGGAAGCCUCUCUGUCCAGCCGGGCCCCUCCAGAUGUGUGGAAAAGCGUCCUCAGUCCCCCUCCGAGCUUCCCAGCCACACUCACGCUAGCAAACGGUGGCUCACAGCACAGGCACAGCCCAGCCACGGCGGAUCACAAUGCAAACUGUACAUCCAAAUCCUCCAGUGCCACUUCACCCGCCACCCUGCCCAUCUUUGAGCUUCUCUGCCAUUCGGUUUUACGUUUCCAGCCCUCUUGGCUACCCAGGUUCUUGGAGCUCAGCCAGCAGCAGCAAGGCUCGGCAGGGCUGGGCUUGAGCCUAGCGGCCACCACCUGGAGCGAGAACAACAUGCCGCUCUACAAGCGUGCCCUGGCCGUCCUGUCCUCCGUGAGAAAAGACAGAAACCAGCACCAGGAACUAGAGGUGGAGUUGUUGAUGGUCAGUGGGCGGCCUAACGCCAUCCUCCAGGCGCUAAGGAUCCUGAUUGGGCAGCAGCAGUGGGAGCGGGUCACCCAAGUGGCCCAGAAGUUCUCCAAGCAGAGCCCGCUACUGAAUAAGGAGAUUUUCACCACGCUGCUGUGUGAGGUGACCCAGCACCGAGACCUGGACCCCUACCUGGACAUGCUGUGGGCCCUGUGCCCUGAGGACUUCACUGUCACCACCAUUCUGAACUUGGUGCUGAAAAAUCUUCCACCGCCCAGCACCCCACAGUCCCCAUCAUCCCUUCCCAUGUCCCUCACGUCCAGCCCCUCCUCAUCCUCUGCUCCCUUUGCUCACCCUCAGAGCGGUCAGCUGACCAUCGGGCUCCUGAAACCUCUCCUGAGGAAAGUUCUCCAGAGGGAAACCAAACCUAGCCAGCGCUACGCCGACAUCCUCCAGUCCCCGUCCUUCCCCCCCCCUGCACCGCCCCGCUUGCCCAUGGAACAAUCCAGAACCAGCGUGGGCUCUCCUCUCCUUGCAGCCAUACCCGAUGCUUCUUCUACCUGCUGAGUUUUAGUAGUGUCACAUGACUACUGGAACUUAAAAGUAAUUACUACUGACAAUGUUAGCAGUGUAAAUUUUUGCCGCUAAUUUUAACUUGUACAUAAUAACGCACUUGUGAAGUUUUAUAUGCAUGUGGAUGUUAUUAGCUUGCUGCUGCCCCAUAUGUUAUAUGCAGUAUUGAAAGUAGCUUCAGGCAACAAUCUGACCAACAUGUCCAUAUGAACACAAGUAUUUUUUUAAAUACGUCUGAAAAAAGACUUUUUCUUUAUUUAGUUUUGCUUACGUCUCUAGUGAUGCGAUGCCCGUUUUCCUCCAUUUGGCACAGUUUUUGUGCCUCUUCCUUAAAUUAGUUUCUUCUGGCUGCUGAUUGGCUAAAAUGGGCUUAUGACGAAGGGGGUACACCUUGUGCUGGGCAUUCAUCUAAAUUCCCAGCAUUUAUGUAAUAAAUUAGUUAAUUAUUAACUGUUAUAUUAAUUCAUAUAUAUAUUAUACUGCUUCGUGGAUGCAGCUCAAUUUCCAAUGGCUUACGUCGUGUUUUCUUUCCACAGCAAACUACUUGAGACUGAACUACCAGCGACCUCUGCUGGUGAUGGCAAAUUAGUGCACCUUAUUAUGCCUCAGUUGCUUUAAUCAAUUCCGCAGUCGUCCUUCUCACGUUUCGAUUUCCACAGCUUCAAGUCUAUCACGGUUUUUGAAACAUAUUAAUAAGUCAAACUGUUUUGUGGUUGAAUAUGGCUUAUUGGUGUAGAAAACGCAAUUUUAGCUUUUUUUGUGCUAAAUUAAGCAGUUUCAAGCAUAAAAUGGCGAAGUGGGCUAAAAAUGCCAGGAAUUCUGAAUGUAGUAUUCUACAUUGGUCACGAGGUGUCACCAAUUGUUCGGUGAGAUGAUCUCACAACAGGCACAAUAACAUCAUAAUAAUAACACGGACUAACAUAUAUACUUCAGACUAUUAAAAAUAUUACAUAAAAAAUAUUUAAUGUCAUUUUCUAAUUAAAAUAUUUUAAAUAUAUGUAUAUUUGUCAUAUUUUGAUAGUCUUUAGUAUAUUUUAUUUUGAAAUACAAAUACUUUAAAUUACCUUAAAUGUUUUAAUUCAUUAUUUUUUUUUUAAAUAAUAUUCACAAUAAUAACACGGGCUCCUGUUGUGGCCGAAAUCCAGCUAAAACUCACCUCUGAACCCCGGCGUCACUUCCUGUCCACAUGUCCAGAACACAUUUCCAGCUUAUUUUCUGUGAUUAUAUCUACUAUAUUGGUUAAUAGGAAUGUAAAGGUGACUAUAUGGGUGCUAUUUCAUGUCUAGUGGGCUCUAAUGUUAAAAAAAAACACACUUAGCAGAUUGUAAACAGGUUGUGUAUGCCAUAACUAUGAAAGUAUUCCAUUUAUAAAUAAGGAAUCCUACUUUGCAGAAAUUGACUCUUCAUGGUCAGGCCUGGAACCAGUUAACCACGAUAAACAAGGGAUUACUGCAAUCAAUUAAUUCUGAUUCCUAACAAUAAGUAAGUGAUUAUUAUGCCUAUCACCAGUGACACUGCCACCCUUUGCUUUGGUCCACAGUUUUUUGCUGUUUUAUCAUAUAAUUUUUUUUUCAACCCAAACUUGGUAAAAAUGUUUUAUUUGUUUUUUUUUUACUGUAGUUAUUUUCAACAAGUACUUGUGUUGAUGUCGACAUGGCUUCCUUUUAAAUGACUUAAAGAACUCCAUGUUCUUGUGGACAUCUGUUGACGUCUAUGCUGUAAAAACUACUUGCACUUUUGCUGUCACCUCAAUCAGUAUUUUUUUUUCUACGUUUUAAUGUGCUUAUUUCUUUCACUUUUUAUUGGGUCCAAAUUGCAGCUCGACAAUCCAAUUGCGUAUUUGCCCUCUAACUGACCCAAGUGUCACAUUUUAGGAGCCAAAGCGGAUGACAUCGUAGUCUCUGAUGCAGUGUUUAAUGAGCAUAGAAAAACAGCUGACGGCCCCACUGUGAAGUUUCCAAUACAGUUGCUUCAGUUUAAUGAUCGUCCUUUCUGCUGUUACUUCGCUUCAACGAUGCUCAGUGUCGUCGUGUCUGCUAGUUGCUAAGUUGAUGAACACUUUCCUUGUAUUAAAGGGGUUAAAUAUUAAUCUGCCCUGACAAAGGUUUCACAACAGUUUUGUAAAAACAAGCCACGAAUGUGUAUCAGUAUUUAUGAGUGGACGUGAAUGCUAUAAAAGUGUGAUAAAACUUAACAGUGUGACUUUUGUGGAUUCUGAUUGUAGAAUUGAAUGUUAUUGGAGCUUUAAUAUCAAGUUCAGCUCAGUUGCAUACUGCAAGACUGUUGUCUUUGUAGAUGUUGAAGCCUUCUCGCUUGUAAGAAAGAGCAUUGCGCUUAAGAAUGUGUGAUUACUUUUACAGCCAAUGGGCAAGUUCCACAUAAAGAUGUGA